AUGGAUACAAGCACGCGAAAAUUCACAGUGCGGAGAUGGUUUUCUAUCUACCUGAAGAACAAGGCAGCGAGGAACAAGAACACCACUGGCUUCUGUCAACUAGAGGAUGACAGUAUACUUAAGGAGAUUGACAUCAGCCACCAUGUUAAGGAGGGUUGUGAGAAAGCAGACCCCUCUCAGUUCCAACUGCUUAAAGUACUGGGACAGGGCUCCUAUGGAAAGGUGUUUCUGGUGAGGAAGAUCAGAGGACUGGACAGAGGACAGCUGUAUGCCAUGAAGGUCCUGAAGAAAGCCACACUGAAAGUCCGGGAUCGCGUGCGGUCUAAGAUGGAAAGAGACAUUCUGGCAGAAGUGAACCAUCCCUUUAUAGUUAAACUGCACUAUGCCUUCCAGACAGAGGGAAAGCUCUAUCUGAUCCUAGACUUCCUCCGAGGAGGAGACCUUUUCACUCGUCUGUCAAAGGAGGUAAUGUUUACAGAAGAGGAUGUGAAGUUUUACCUCGCAGAGUUGGCCCUGGCCUUGGACCAUCUACACAGUCUGGGGAUUAUCUACAGGGACCUCAAACCUGAAAAUAUUCUUCUGGAUGAAGAAGGGCACAUUAAGAUAACUGACUUUGGACUGAGUAAGGAGGCCAUCGACCAUGAUAAAAGAGCAUAUUCUUUCUGUGGAACAAUAGAGUACAUGGCUCCAGAGGUAGUAAACAGGAGAGGGCAUACACAAAGUGCUGACUGGUGGUCUUUUGGGGUACUUAUGUUUGAGAUGUUGACAGGAUCAUUACCAUUCCAAGGAAAAGAUCGUAAGGAAACAAUGGCGCUUAUUCUAAAGGCAAAGUUGGGAAUGCCACAGUUCCUCAGUCCUGAAGUGCAGAGUUUAUUAAGAGCACUCUUCAAGAGGAACCCCGCUAAUCGACUAGGUGCAGGACCAGAUGGAGUGGAAGAAAUAAAAAGACAUCGCUUUUUUGCAUCAAUAGACUGGAAUAAGUUGUACAGGAAGGAGAUGAGACCUCCAUUCAAACCCACAGUUGGAAGACCUGAAGACACUUUCCAUUUUGACCCUGAGUUCACCUCCAGAACACCCACUGAUUCUCCCGGCAUCCCUCCCAGUGCGAACACACACCAGUUGUUUCGUGGUUUCAGCUUUGUUGCGACUAAUCAAAGUCAGGAGCCUACUGUUGCUACGGUAGCGCCUUCUCGUCAAGAGGUGAACAACAUAAACCCCAUUGCGCAGCAUCUCCGUGGUGAUGUGGCCUUCAGUGAUGUUUAUGAGCUUAAGGAGGAAGUUGGACAGACAGCGAGUUCUGUCUGCAAAAGAUGUCUGCACAGAGUCACUGCUGUGGAGUAUUCAGUGAAGAUUGUUGAAAGAGCGAAGAAGGAUCCAUCAGAAGAGAUUGAGAUUCUGUUGAGAUACGGACAGCAUCCAAACAUUAUUACCCUGAAGGAUGUUUUUGAUGACGGCCAGUCCGUGUUCCUGGUUCAGGAUUUACUGAGAGGAGACGAGCUGUUGGACAGAGCUCUGACGGUGCCAAACUUUACAGAGAGAGAUGCGUCAGACAUCAUCUGCACACUGACCAAGACUGUAGAAUAUUUACACUCACAAGGGGUCGUGCAUCGAGACCUGAAGCCCAGUAACAUUCGCUAUGCUGAUGACAGUGGAGUCCCAGAAUGCAUCAGGAUAUGUGAUUUUGGUUUUGCCAAACAGCUCAGGGCUGAGAAUGGCUUAUUGAUGACCCCUUGUUACACAGCUACAUUCAUGGCUCCUGAGGUUCUGAAGAAGCAGGGUUAUGAUGCAGCCUGUGACAUCUGGAGCUUGGGGAUCCUCCUCUACACCAUAAUAGCUGGUUUCAGUCCGUUUGCCAGCAGCUCUGAGGACACAGCAGAGGAAAUUCUGGCUCAAAUCGGCUGCGGGAAAUUCGUUAUCACAGGAGGGAACUGGGACCUGGUAUCAGACACUGCCAAGGACAUUGUGAUCAAGAUGCUCCAUGUGGACCCUCACCAGCGCCUGACUGCCCCCCAGGUUCUCCGUCACCCCUGGAUUGUGGACAGAGACCAGCUCUCUGACAGAGCUCUCACCAGACAAGAUGCACUCACUGUCAAGGGGGCAUUGUCUGCCACCUACUCUGCUCUGAGGCGCUGUGCUCCUGCUCCGGUCCUGGAGCCUGUUCAGUCCUCCAGCCUGGCCCAGCGGCGAGAAAUGAAGAAGCUGGGGAAUCCCAAAGUUAACUGUGACCCUAGAGAAAAGGAGUAGCCUCAACAAUCUGAGUGGAACUCAAAAGAAAUUAAACUUAGCCCCACAUAAUCAAAGAAGAUGUACUUGAAAGCACAAACCUUGUUAUAAAGUGUUUGGAGGCCUAUAAAAUGAAUGUAGCAGACCAAAAAAGACCUUUACAGAAGAGACAAAGUUUAAUUAACUAUAACAAUAAAACAUAUAUAACAGUCCGCUAGUGCUGGCACCAGGAUUAGCUUCACUUCACUCAAUUCAAAUUAAACCCUAUGUGAUACAACAUUCAUCAUCUGCACCUGUAGAUAAAAUGUGACCUUAAAACUGAUUGAAACCCAGUGGCUUGAAGAAGUCGAUUAAUAUGACCCUAAAAUUAAUCAUUCUGAUCACAGAGGGCUUCACUCAAACACACAGUCAUGUGGGGAUUAUAAACUUAGUCUGAAAGUUGCCCUUGAUUUUAAUUGAAAAAACAAUUAUCUAAAUGUUAUUCUCGGACAACAUUUGUCAUAGUUUGGCCAAUGCUAUACAUUUGCAAGGAACUGAACUGAUCUGACAUUCAGAGCAAACACAUGGACGUUUACUUUGUUUGGGUCAUGAAUGUCAGAAUACACUUAGAGCUUUAGUGCAAUGUAAACUGUCAAAUUGCUACCUGCCUUGAUUAGUAUCUAUAGUAGCUCCAGUGGCUGAAAGUGGGACCAAUUAAUCUGGUCACCAGAACCUAAAAAACACAGUAUUCAGUGCCACAAACAACAUGCCAAGUAGUGAGUUUAAUUUAGCUUUCAUAUUCAUGGCCAGCCAUAACAAUACCGUCUUACAUAAUCAUUACUCUAAUAUCUGUCUAACAUGAGAUCUACAUUAGAAUAACAUCUAUUUGAAUGAGACACUGUCAUUCAGAUAUUUUUCCAAUCAAUCUUCUACAGUGUUAUGCAUGUUAAAAAUGUAAAUAUCCUACCAAAGGGAAUUAUUACUUAAGUUAACAAUGCCAUUGAAGUCUUAUUGUUCAUAAUAUGCUUAAUAAUUUUACUGUAUAUAUUUCUGUCUUCCAUAAAUGCAGCCUUUGACUCUUAUGAAAUUUAUUGUUAACCAUGUCACUACUGCACUUCCCAGAUUAGAUGGAACAGUGAUAUAUGAAGGUGUUUUGUUGAACGUAGUUUGUUGUGUUUUUUCAUAACAUAUUCAAAAUGUUAUUUGGCUUAAGAGUAGACACAAAUGCAGGAUAAAACCAUCAUAUUGGUCUGUGGUAAAUGUCACACUCAUAGCAAAACUCUGCAGCCUAUACUACUUUGUAUUAUUAACUCUGCGUUCAGUGUGAUGGUUCAUAUUUCUGUGUGUGUUUGAGUGUGUCAUGUCGCUGCCAGUAGGCUUCUGUUUGCUGUUAGUGUCUGAAAGCCAAAUUAUUUGGGUACCACUGUGUCAGAGAAUUGUACAUACUGUCUAUUGCUGCUGCCCUGAUUGUAUCUAAUAAUAAGUUGUACAAUCACAAAUACGAGGUAAGACUGAACAGGGUGCAGAAAUGAGUAGCGCACUUUGUGUUGUGCAAUUUACCAGUAGGAAUGUAGAUUAUGAUGCUCCACAAUUAAUAAACAUACUUACUGGUCUGAGGUAAAACAAAACAUGUAGUGAUGUGUAACUAAUAAGCACUGUAGCAGAGAUACACUAAUUCUGUACAUUAUGUUUGCUGAGACUGUAUGUCUUGUGAUGCAUUGCACAUCUGUGCACAUCUGUAAGAGGUGGAGCUUGAAUUGAUGCAACUAUGAGUAUGCAGAUAAGGUUGUAGAUAUUGUGUCGCACAACCAGGAGUUUGAGGUAAAGUUGUAAAUAUUGUUUACUAAUUUAGAUUGUACAUACUGUCAUGCAAAACCACCAAUAAAGAGGUUUGAUUGUAUAUAUAUAUAUAGUGUUGUACAACUAUUGGCAAGCAGUAAGACUGUAUAUAUUGUGUUUGCAGAUACAUUGCGAUUGUACAUAUUAUAUUGUGUUGUGCAUCCAUUGCUCAGAGUGUACAUACUGUCUAUACCUGGCCAAUCACUGAAGUUGUUGGCUAGAAUGCCAAAGUUUUACAA